AUGGCCAACAGUUCUCCUAAUCCGACAGCAGCUUUGAACGGUCUCCUUGUCUCCGUCGCGGACCCUCUGAAGCACAACGAAGGUGUGCAAGCCUGGAUUGGCUAUACCGUUGUCACUCAGGCUGACGACAGCCGUAGCGAGUUCCAAGCCCCCCGCACAAGUGUCCUCCGCCGCUACUCUGACUUCAACUGGUUGCAUAUGAAGUUGAGCCACUCCUUUCCUGGACGUAUCCUCCCCCCUCUUCCUGAAAAGGCCAUGGUCGGUCGCUUCGAAGCCCCCUUCGUGGAAGCGCGCCGCCGCGCCCUGGAGCGCUACUUGUUGCGCGUGGUGAAGCACCCUGAGUUGGGAAAAAGCAGUGACCUGGUCCUAUUUUUGCAGGAAAAUGAGGCCAAACUCGAGCACGCCAAGGCGGAAUGGCGGCGUGAGCAGAUGAGGCAACCCAAGGUGCUGCGCUUGGUCAAGCAAGCCUUCGCCCACAUGGAGCACUCCCUCUCUAGUGCCUCCACCGGAAAGGUCGAGGUUCCCCGGAGCGAUUCCGACGCCGUCCUGGACGACAUUGCGACCUGCGUGCACGUCUUGGAGGUGCACUUCCACAGCGCCGCGCGCGAGGCCUCUACCUGGGUCCGGAGGGAGAAGGAGGCAGCCGACGGGUGCUUCCAGCUCGGCCUCGCGCUCACCCUGCUGGGCCAGAACGAGGCUGGAGGGUUGGGGGAAGUAAUUAGGGGCACGGGGCAUGCUUUGGACGCGGCGUCGGUGCUGGCAACCGGGGCUGUGGAAAGCUCUGGCUUGCUCUUGGAGGGGCCACUGGUGGAGUGGAGCCGGGGGCUGGGCUCCGCCAAACUCGCUUUGCUUCGACGCAUGGAGGCUCGGAGAGCCUACCACGAGGCCUUGGUGGAGGUGGCGGUACGCGCGCAGGGCAAAGAGAAGUGGGUAGGUAUGAUUGGAAAGGAGGACAAGCUGCAGGCGGCCGAGGGGGCGUGGGGAAAGGCGGUGGCGGCGGCGGAGGCGAAGAAUAAGGAGUUUGAGACCGUGUCGGGGAGGAUUGUGCGGGAUUGGGGGGCGUUUCGGGAGGAAAAGGCCGAGGAACUGCGAAAAGCGGCGGUGGCAUUCCUGGAGGCGCAGGUGGGACGACACGAGAAGAUGCGGACGGCCUGGGCGGGGGCCCUCUCGAAAGUUAAGGAGGUGGAUCCCAAGCAGGGCCUGAAUCAGGAGGCCACGACAGGGGGAGGGGAGAAGGGGGGGGCGAGCCGGGACGAGGGGGGAGCUGGUAGGGGGGCGGGGGCGGGCGGAGGGAAGGGGGAAGAGGAGAUGAUAGCAGAGUGA